AUGAUAGGUUCUUUCGGUUCGUCAAAUACGCAAUUGUCCAGUCCAAUUAAUGUUGCAGUUGAUUCGAGUUCAGGCGCUAUUUACAUAGCGGACAGUGGGAAUCACCGUAUAAUGUGCUAUCAAGCUAAUGCGUCAUCGGGAACUGUAGUUACUGGUGGUAACGGAGCAGGAACAAGUAACACGCAGUUGAAUAAUCCUUUUGGUCUUUACUUUGAUGUUUCGUCAAACAGUCUUUUGAUUGGUAAUAGAGAUGCACACAAUGUCGUUCGCUGGACAUUAGGCGCGACAAACUGGAAUCUGGUGGCUGGAGACAUCAGUGGAUCACCUGGGAGCUCAUCUAUACAGUUAAGCAGGCCUGCUGGCCUGGCAGUCGAUUGGAUGGGCAAUUUGUAUGUGGCCGAUACAGAUAAUCAUCGAAUACAAUUUUUCUUGGCUGGUGAAUCGAACGGCACAACAAUUGCUGGUGUAACCGCUACAUCAGGAGGUAGCUCAAUCCUACUGAAUCAGCCUCUGGCUAUCGCACUCGACAGUCAACUUAAUCUGUACGUUUCAGACUAUGGUAAUCAUCGCAUACAACGGUUUUUACGUUACUAAAAGACAUCCUGUUAUGAACGACUCUUAUACAAAAGACUAUAAGAAAGUUUUCUCUCCAACAUGUGAAAUUAAUCUUUUCGGUAAUUAUUUUUUAGCAAGAGCUUUCGUUUUCCUGUUUUGUCUUUUUCACG